AUUGUAUGGCCACAAACUCAAAUUGCAAACAGCCACCACAAACUCUGCCCCCUUUCAAUUACAGAACAGCCUUCUCAAGUCUCCUUCUGCGACUAUACAUUGGCUCAAUCUGCUUUGCGAGUCCAAGCUUUUGUUGACCCCUCCCAAACUGCAAACGAGUGGUUCGUCUCUGACAUCGCUGCUGUUAUUAUAGCAAACACCGGUUUGAUCACCGACAGCUACUAUCGUGAUUGCCAAUUACCUUGCCUCGUGGUGCGGUGAUAUGCCGAUAUUCCAGAUCUAGCUUGGUUGGAAAUCGUGAGACCAAUCUCCAGCAUGUCGACUUUACCUCUCGAAACCCACAGCCGCCGGUGGGAGCGCAAAAACUCACAAAGCUGGCGGCAACCUCGUUGUUCCCAACGAUCACACCGACCCAUACUCAUUGCCAUAGCCUGCAUCUUGUGUAUAGGAAUAUGGCACCAGAGUCGCUCCACUGGCUCCUCAUUGUCUCCGAACAGACAUGACCUCACCGAGGACGACUUAGAAUCUUUGACUUGGAAUGGGCGCAGGUCAUUGCCGGAAGAUGCAGACUGGCCUCUCAGAGCGCCAUCCGUGGAUAGGGCACAUCCAAAGAACUUCAGGCCAGAUAUUGAGCAUGUUGUUGCGGGCGCUGCAGAUCCAGAUGAGAAUCAGAAUGUCAUCAUCGAAGACAAACCUGAAGGCCGCCUUUAUCCUGAGGGCAUCGAAAUUGAGCAAGCUCCAGUUGCUGAGUCGGUCCCCGACAGCCUCACCAAUGAGCCAGAAAUCGUGGUCAUAACGGGAGAUGGCUCCCCCGAUGGGAUAGUCGAGCAACAAGAUGCAGAGGAGCCGAUGGAAUUGUUGCAAAAGGGUCCGGUGGCCGUGCAAGCAAAUCUUGACCCCGAGACUGAAAAGUCACCAUUGAUUUCAUCGCCAGACCAGCCCGUGAAGGAGAAAGUCAUCGAAGCAGAACCGCUCGACCACCUGACACUUGAGGAGAAGGCCGAUAGUCUGCCGGAGGUAGUGCACAUACCUUUCGAGGACGCCGUCAAGGACGAGGUCUUGCAAGGGUGGGAGGACGAUUGGGUGGCGCAUGCCUCUUACGACCCCAGUAAAUGGGGGAAACUUGAAGAGCCCAAAAUUGACAUAGUAUAUCUCUGGGUCAACGGAUCUGAGGAGGCCUUUCAGAAAACAAAACGUCCGUAUGAAGAAAAUUCCGUCCUCAAUGACGAAGAGGGGAAAUGGAUCAAUUCUCACGGAAUCAAUCGGUAUCGAGAUUGGGACGAACUUCGAUACUCCCUUCGCAGUGUUGAACGAUACGCCGCGCAGUUCCGGAAUAAAAUUCAGAUUGUCGUGAACUCUGUCGAUGGAAGCGUAGCGGGCAAGCAGGUCCCCAGCUGGCUCAACGACGAGCCAAUAACGAAGGAUGUGGUACAAAUCAUGGCACAGGAAGAAUUCUUCGACCGCGAAAAACAUGCUUGCCUGCCGACAUUCAAUUCCCUGACAAUCGAAAAUCAACUCUUCAACACCCCCUCGGAAACAGAUUUUCUGUAUGCCCUGUCUGAUGAUAUGCUGCUCGGCAAGGAGCAUGCAGCUUCCGAUAUCUACUCUCCAUUAUUUGGUCCGGUGAUGGGCUUCAAGAGCAACGCUUACAGUACAACACAGCCACCGAACGAAGUCGACGCGCACCGGUUUGGCGAAAAGCCAUAUCUCAUCUACACAUCGUGGUUACUCAACCGAAGAUUUGGCAUUCGGAAGCGGAAGGGUCAGGGGCACUUUGGACACGCUUUGUCUCGAAACAUCAUGCGGGAGGCCAUAUCUUCAUUCCCAGGUCCCGAAUUGCAGAGCGCUUGCAAACGAUUUCGAGGGGAGCCCGGCUUUCAACUGUACUCCUGGUACGCCACGUUCCAUUAUCUCAUCGAAAGACACCGAGAAGCAUUACUCUGGAGUUAUAUCAUGCUACGGAAUGACGUCGACGACGAUGGCAACCUAUCGUGGGAAGAAAGACAGACAAUUAUGCAGGAUCUGGAAGCCGGCAUGGUCAACGAAGGUCGAAACACAUUCCGCAAGCGAAACUAUUACCAUGUGAAUCAACUCCUACAGAAGGCCGGCCUAGAAUCUCCCAAAGUCAACACAGACAUCCUCUGGACUUCGUUGGACGGACCAGCUGCAAUCCAAAACGCGAAUUGUAUCGAGUUCGACGUGAACGAGUGUCUGGCCCCAGGGUUUUCGGUGUCAUCGACAGACGCCCGCACGAAAAACCCGGUCUUUUCAACAGCGACUAUAUUCGAUCGUCUUGCAAGACAAGAACCCAAGUGUGGAGAUUGCUUGCUGAAACUGAUAUUGAACAAAAAACCAAAGGGUCUGGCGCCUCUACUUCCCCGAGCCAAUACUCAAGCCAAGCAGAGGGAACUGGUAAUCAAAGCCGUCAUGCGCUACCGAUUUUCCAUCAUCCACCCGGACGCAUUGUUUGUCAUGGUGACAGACGCCGAACAAGUCGAUAGCACUUUGGUAAGCCGAUAUGUUCGAGGAAAGAAAGAGCUGGCAGGCCAAUUGUGUUUGAACGAUGAUGUUACCACGACCGACAACCAGGAGCUGAACGAUGUCAAACAAGCCAUGACUGAGCUGUACCAGGGACUCUUUCCAGACAAAAGCCCAUAUGAGAAGUGACGGCCACGCGAUCGUCACUUGACGAGGUUAUGACAUGAAUUGCUUUUUUUGAUUAGCGAGGAGUCUGGCCAUUAGAAUGUGAUACCAUGGCAUCUAUAUAGAUAGA